CUAGGCCCGAUUGAUCACAAUUUAUCAGGUAUAUCUCGCAGAAUCUGUCAUUUAUUAUCAGGUGGAGGCAGCCAGAUCACGCUGGUACACUGGUACCGAAAAAGCCUUCAGCAGGUGCUGCGGGCCUCUAGCCGGCGUUGCAUUGUCGCCCAUCCUACCGCGUUGCACUGGUCGCUGUGAGCCGUCCGUGCGCGCGCCCACAGGUGUGCCGGUGGAAUAACACCGAUACCUUACCGACACACGUGCUCAUCGAUGUCGUCGCACGUAAAGAGCUUUUAUUAAGACGAGUCGGCUGAUUCUGCAACUCGCGGAACGAAACGUUUCGCGCACGAACGAGGGCUUUUUCGUCGCGAAUUUCUCAUCGCGCGGAAUGAAACGCGGAGGCGUUCGGAACAAGCUGUGCUCAACCAAUCGGCGAGUUGAUCGUUGCAAUAAGGCAUGGACGCUCGCGCUGGUACCUUUCGCAACCACCUCAAUUCUGCUUCUUUUGCUUCACGCGUCGCGGCGAGGUAUACAAAGUCAUUGGAACGACGCAACAGUGCCGGCGUUUCCGAUGACUACGAAUGGCGAAAACACAAUGUCUGCUUUGCCUCACACAUUGCACACCCUGACGUUACCGAACGAUUCGUCGUUCGCGUUAAAAAUCACCACGCGACUCAACCCGACGUGGACGGUGAAGACGUACGACGCGUACGGCGGAGCCGAGUAUAUGGAAACGAACUGCAAAAAAUAUUCACGCGCGUACAGAGCACUAAAACCACUCGCGUUCAAAGCUGAUUUAUUGCGGUACUGCAUUCUGUACACCGAAGGCGGCGCUUGGAUGGACGACGACAUUUUACUGGUGAAGUCUCUCGACGAAUUGACCCACGAUAUGCGCCACGACGCGUUGUUCGUGUACGACAGACGCGUGUACAAACUCGCGGGCGGGCCGAAACAAGUGUGGAACGCGUUCAUGGUGGCGGUUCCCGGGUUGGACGUUUUCGCGCGCGCGAUGGAGAAGAUCGCCGCGAACGUCGCCGACCGACGACACUUUUAUCAUUCGUUGUACUACACCGGGCCCGCGUUGCUCUACGAAAGCAUCGCGGAUGGAGAUUCGAUCGAGUUUCGUUGGCGCGUGCAACAUAGAGACGCGCUGAGCGCGGCGAGUCGACGCGUCGCGGACGUGCGCACGGACGAGGAGGUGUUGUUGCACUUUAAGCUGCCUCGAGCGACGAAGCACUACAGCGAAAUGUCGCGGGGAGGGGACAUUUACGCGUCGUGAAGAAGUCGGCGGAAACGAUUUGGCGCGAUCGAUCGUACGUAGAUUCUAGCUCAACGUGUAG